AUGCCAGAAGGGCCCCAACUUUCCGACCUACCAAAGAGGAAAGCGAGUACAAUCCUACCCCGCAGACCUUCACCACCACUCAACAAACUCCCAUCCUCUCAACCCAUCAUACCCACUUCCAUCCCACCUUCCCAGGGAACACUACGACUCUGGGAACCUUUCACAUUGGAACGCUAUACAAGUGAGACCGAUCCAAACGAACACCUCAAGGUCUAUAUCACCCAUGUCACCUUCUACACUUCUCACGAUGCCGUUUUCUACAAGGCCUUCCCUACCACCCUUAAAGUCCCCGCCCUCGAAUGUUUUACCACCUUUCCGCCAUACUCCAUCAACUACUUUGACAUUCUCUCCCACAUGUUCACCCCUCACUUCGUUGGUAGCCGCUCAUAUCAAACAACAACCAUCUCCCUUCUUGGUGUUAGACAUGAACAAGACGAGGCGCUCCGGGCUUUCAUCGACCGCUUCAUGCAUGGCACUCACUCUCAAACCCGACCCCUUCUCCAACAACGUCUAACUCCACCCACCCGCCUCCAUGCAAGAAUUGAAGCUCCGCGCCGCAGACUAUAUCUGCUUGGAAGAGAUGCAAACUCUCGAUACCAAAUUCUGCAACGAUUAUACACCCUCUGUCGCAACCCCCCUACACAUCCUUCCCGGCCUGAUCCUAGACCUAGAGAACCCCGGCAACCUCGCUUCACCAGAUACACACCCCUAAAUGUUCCUCGAUCCCGUCACCUUAACGAAGCCUUGCAGGCCGACCUCAUACCACCACCACGCAAGACGACCACUCCUCCAAACGUAGACAUGACUAAAUAUUGUCGCUAUCACCGAAACAACGGCCACACCACAGAGGAAUGCAAAGCACUCCAAGGGAAGAUUGAAGAAUUGGUUCGUGCUGACCACUUUUGCUGCUUCAUCCGUAGAGAGGACCACCCUCCAUGA